AUGUCUGAUCCUCUCCGACGGCCUGGACCGUCACAUACCUCCCAGAGAAUCCAACAUGAAGCUGCUCCUCAAGCUUACCAGACCGACAGUCGUUCACACUCUUCCGGUUAUACAAAAACCGCAGAGCAACAUGCGAGAGACGACAUGGAUGAUCAGCUUAUAAGAAAGAAUGCCGCAAAGGUGCAGCUGCUGUUGUUACUGGGUGCCCUUUUUAUCACAAUAUUCGUUGUUAUUUUCAUUCUGUGGGCAGGAGCAAGCAUUUUGAACUAUGGCCUCGGGGUAAUCAUCCCCGUGCUUGAGCCAGCAGCACACAUGAAGGUCUUUCGGUGGCUUCAUAGCUUGCUCGGAGUCGUUGCGUCUGUCCUGUCGAAGCCGGUGAUGUGGACGGGGUGUAUGGCAGGGUGUGCUUUGGUACUUAAUAACCCGAUCGCUGCCCAAGUCCUCGCGUCCUGCCAGAGUUUCGUCUUUUCGACAGUCGGCAUCUUCAGUCAUCCACUUCAGAAGUUCCAGUCUCAUGAGACAGCGCUGCACUACAAGUCAAUUUUCAACAUAUCGAGCGAGCCAGUUCCGAAUCCAGAGGCCCAUGAGCCAAAUACGAAGAAGAAACUGCAAUCCGCGAUUCAAUAUGCCAUGGAUCGAAAAUCCGAAGGUCUCGCGGGACUUAUUAUGUUCCUACCAGGAAAUGUAAAGGGCCUUCCUGAACGAUACGCGUCCUACGACCAUCCGGUUGUCAUCUUAUCACCGACCAUCUCUGCGAGCAACGAAGUCGAGAUAUUAGGGAUGACAAGUUUCCGUGGUAGAGAUAUCACACAAAGAUUCGACACCUCCCCCGAAGGCAUGAAGAACAGGGCGAAAUAUCUUCCCAUCGAGCCUACACCCCCUCACCCCGACACGCCAGAAAAAAAUGUAAUGCUCAAGAUCUUGCCUUACAACCCGAAGACCUAUUCUUACGUGGACGGUUCUGUGGAAUCUAGAAGGUCCGUCCCCUUCUCGGUACUUACAAAAUACCUCCCCAACGCAAGAGACCGCAUAUACGUCGUUCAAUGUCCAAUAUUUUACCUCGACAAAGACUCGUACCAAAAGCUGGCCGCGUUUGUCGGCUUUUCAACUGUUGCGCUUUGUCACGUUCCUGUAGACCCGGAGGUAGAGAGAGAGCAUCUUACGGAGCAACUCGCUGUCAAUGAUGAGCCUCGGAGUCCAUGCAUGCUCCUUCCAUUCCACAACGGCGAUAUUCCGAUGCCCGCAAAGAACCAGCACACGCAGUCGAAACAUGCAACAACACAAACAUCAGAAGCAAUCGAACCUCCAUUCCCCACGCACAGUCACAUACAGCCCAUAUCUCCUACUUCUUCCCAUUCUCUGAAUGCGGAGCAAGUCUCUUUCAUCGCGGAACAACUCAAGCGCCAAUGGGCAUUCGAUGACGGCGCCCGCCACGUCUACGGCCUUGGCGGCCCGCUCAACUUAUCUAAGAUUGCUCGAAAUAGCAUCAGGCUAGCCAUAGCCUGCGUUGCUAUGCUAACCGCUGGAGGAGCUUUUAGAGUGAGAACAGUUGGGAGGGAAGUGGUCGAGGAGCUUAAGGCGGGCGUCCAAGCAGUGAUGUUCGUGGCUGCCUGGAAGAACCUCCAGAUCGUGGCUGCGGCGAAGGGCGCUCUUACUAAAAUGGCAUGGGCAGUGGCACGGGCAGUGGUCAGACAUUUUGGAAGAAAUUGGGGGCAUUAUGGCAUAGCAAGCCUGAGUGCCUGUGUCCUUCACAGAUAUUAUGAGCGGUAUCCGGGAGGGAGAGGGUCAAAAUGGGAUCAGAUCUUGAUGCUGGCGUGGGAUGUAGCUUGUCUCCGGAUUAUAGAGUGAGAUUGGGACGCGUUGAGGCUCAUGUAAGGCGAAUGACAGGCCCAUGGGCAGGGAAUUCUUCUGGCUUGUUUGUGAAGCGUGCAGGCAAUGAUCGAAUUCGUGACCUCAAACAUGACGUCCACAAUGGCUCGGCUAUAACAGCUGUGCCAGUUACUGCACUUAGCAAAUAUAUAUGUUUACCUCUGGUUGUCACCAAA